AAGACGCGCGCUAAUUUUGUGCCAAGUUACGGUAUAUGGACCCCUCGAAGGGCCGCCAGCCCAGCCGAAUAGCACGUCACAAGACUCCAACACCUUAACACGGAGACAGAAGAAGGAGGAAGAACUUGCUGUCGUCAUGACAACCUGGCUCGUCGUGUCCCUCUGUCUCUUCGGGCUGGUCUGUGGAGGGCCAAUCCAGAAGAGACAGGCGAUUGAUACCAGCAGUUACUGGAUCCUAGAUGAGAAUGACGAGUAUAUCGUGAACCCCAACUACAUCGCACCUCCUGAACCAGACCUGGAUGAAGAUGAAGAUUACUACUAUCCUGAUGAGGACGAGGACGAAGACUACAAGUACGAAGAAGAGGAAGAACCGUACUACCCUGAUGAAAACGAACCGUACUAUCCAGAAGAGGAGGACAAACAACCGGAGUCGGAAAUUGACACCACGAGCUACUGGAUUCUAGACAAAAACAACGAGUAUGUUAUAAACCCGAACUACAUCCCGCCUCCUGAGCUGGAGUAUGAAGACGGGGAAGGGGAGGAUUAUGAUGACGAUGAUGAUGAAGAGGAGGAUCCGUACGAACCAUAUGAACCGUACGAACCGGAACCAGAUCCAUACGAACCGGAACCGUAUCAGCCGGAACCAGACCCGUAUCCGUAUCAGCCGGAACCGGAUCCGUAUGAGCCGGAACCAGACCCGUAUCCGUAUCAGCCGGAACCAGAUCCGUAUGAACCGGAACCAGACCCGUACCCGUAUCAGCCGGAACCAGACCCGUAUCCGUAUCAACCAGAACCCGAUCCCUAUGUACCAGAACCAGAUCCGUAUGAACCGGAACCCGACCCGUACCCGUAUCAGCCGGAACCAGACCCGUAUCCGUAUCAACCGGAACCCGAUCCCUAUGUACCAGAACCAGAUCCGUAUCAGCCGGAACCCGACCCGUAUCCGUAUCAACCGGAACCCGACCCGUAUCCGUAUCAACCGGAACCAGAUCCGUAUGUACCGGAACCAGAUCCGUAUGUACCGGAACCAGAUCCGUAUGUACCGGAACCAGAUCCGUAUGUACCGGAACCAGAUCCGUAUCAACCGGAACCGGAUCCGUAUGACCCAUACGUACCGGGUGGGGAUCGGUUUUCGAACGAGGUGGAGCCAAAACAACCGGAUCCGGACCCCGUGCCGCCGGAACCGGAGGAACCUGUUGUAGUCGCGCCAAAAGAAACACCAAAGGCGGAGGGAGAAAAUGAAGCAGCACCGGAAUCACCAGGCCAGCCCGAGACCCCUAACGGUAACGGUCCGAUGGCGAAGGUGGACCCGUACGUGUGGGAGGACAGGCCGUACUACAACCCCUUCCACCCGCUCAACUACUGGAUCAUGAACAAAGACAAAUCAUGGGUCCAAAACCCCUUCUACGAUCCUAAUUAUCAAUUUAAAAAGUAAAACUGCAAUCAGAUUUGUUUAAAGUUAAAACUUUUGUUCCAACACAACAAAUUCCUCUCACCUAGAGCUUUCGACCAGUCACUC